AUGAGGCGGAAAGAAAAGAGGCUGCUGCAGUUCGCCGGGCUGCUCAUAGCGGCUCUUCUUUUCCUCCCCAACGUCGGGCUGUGGUCUUUGUACCGGGACCGAGUGUUCGACAACUCGCCCGACACAGUGGACGGACCGGGCGGCAUCCCCCUCAUACAGGGGGUUAACCGGGUGGGAAAGGACGCUCAGCUCGGACGUGGCGGCGUGCGGAGAAAAGACUGGCACGAUUAUGAAGCGAUCAAAAGAGAUUCAUCUCGAAUUGGUAACGGUGAACAGGGGAAGCCGUUCCCUCUGACAGACGCUGACCGGGUCGACCAGGCCUACAGGGAGAACGGCUUCAACAUUUACGUCAGCGACCGGAUCUCCCUCAACCGCUCUGUCCCCGACAUCCGCCAUCAAAACUGUAAACAGAAGCUGUACGCAGAGAAUCUGCCCAACACCAGCAUCAUCAUCCCGUUCCAUAAUGAGGGCUGGUCAUCGCUGCUGAGGACCGUUCACAGCAUUCUCAACCGCUCCCCUCCACAGCUCAUAGCAGAGGUCAUCCUGGUCGACGACUUCAGUGACAAAGAGCACUUAAAGGUGGCACUAGAGGAGUACAUGGUGCGGUUGCCGAAGGUUCGCAUCCUGAGGACCAAGAAGAGGGAGGGGCUGAUCAGGACUCGUCUGCUGGGAGCCGCUGCUGCUAAAGGAGAAGUCAUCACCUUCUUGGACUCCCACUGCGAGGCCAACGUCAACUGGCUGCCUCCAUUGCUGGACGGAAUCGCGCAGAACAGGAAAACCAUUGUGUGUCCGAUGAUCGACGUGAUCGACCACGACAACUUCGGCUACGAGACGCAGGCAGGUGACGCCAUGCGAGGGGCUUUUGACUGGGAAAUGUACUACAAACGGAUACCCAUCCCUACAGAGCUGCAGAAGGACGACCCCAGUGAACCCUUUGAGUCGCCUGUGAUGGCAGGUGGACUGUUUGCUGUGGACAGAAAGUGGUUCUGGGAGCUGGGAGGAUACGACACAGGUCUGGAGAUCUGGGGCGGAGAACAGUACGAGAUCUCCUUUAAGGUAUGGAUGUGUGGUGGUCGGAUGGAGGACAUCCCUUGCUCCAGGGUAGGACACAUCUACAGGAAGUACGUCCCCUACAAAGUUCCUGGUGGGGUCAGUCUGGCCAGGAAUCUGAAGCGCGUGGCAGAGGUGUGGAUGGACGAAUACGCCGAAUACGUGUACCAGCGUCGGCCUGAGUACCGCCACCUGUCAGCGGGAGACAUGACAGCCCAGAAGGAGCUGAGGAACCACCUCAACUGCAAGAGCUUCAAGUGGUUCAUGAGCGAGGUGGCCUGGGAUCUACCCAAACACUACCCACCAGUGGAGCCUCCUGCUGCAGCCUGGGGCGAGGUUCGUAACGUGGGCAGUGGCAUGUGUAUGGAGAGUAAACACUUUGUAUCAGGAAGUCCCAUCCGCCUGGAGAGCUGUGUGAAGGGGCGGGGCGAGGUGAGCUGGAGCCACGGACAGGUGUUCACAUUCGGCUGGAGAGAGGACAUUCGGGUGGGUGAUCCCAUGCACACUAAAAAAGUCUGCUUCGACGCCAUCUCCCACAACAGCCCUGUGACCCUGUACGACUGUCACGGCAUGAAAGGCAACCAGCUGUGGCGCUACAGAAAGGAUAAGAGUCUAUAUCACCCCGUCAGUAACAGCUGUAUCGACUGCAACCCGACUGAGCGGCGAGUCUUCAUGAACACGUGCGACCCUUCCUCCCCCAACCAGCAGUGGCUGUUUGAGAGAACCAACGCCACCGUGCUGGAGCACUUCAACCAGGGCACCAACUGAGGCCCUGCAGCAUCCUCAGAAAGAAAACAGACUCCUGACAAACGCAGACGUGGAUCUUCUGCUGCUGAUGCUGCUGCCGCUGAUGCUGUGAAAUCGGGUUUUACAUUAAUUCUAGUUCCCCAUUUACCUGGCACUGAGGUGACAGCUGUUUCUCUUUGGGGUGCGCAGUGUGAGGCUGGAUGGGAUACCGUGGGGGAAGUUGGUUAAACACAUCCAUUAGAUGAAAGACUGAGUUGAGUUGUGAUUGAUGGGUGUGUGUUUAAAAGUGACUGUGUGUGAAAUGCAUUAGUUCUGUCAUGGCGCCGCUGUGGUGGUGGGUCCCUCUCACUUCCUGAUUUUGCUGUUGAUUAGUUAUUUAACAUUCCUCUCCUCUCUUUUCUAAUUUCUGUCUUUUUUUUAAAUGUCUCUGCCUUUAUUUAUUGCCUUUCUUUACCUUACUGUUCCCUCUAUUUCCACCCUAUGUCUAUCUACCUUUAUCCUCUGUCUCCAUCUCUUUCCCCUCCCCGUCUCUCCCGCUCCGCCUCUGCCUGCACGUCCAUCUCUAUCUGCCUGCAUGACUGCAUCUUUGCCCACCUUCUUCAUUCUCCCUCUCAAAUCCCCUUAUGUCUCUCCAGCUCUGACAACAUCCCUGGGGGGGCGGCGGGAGAGGGGGGCUCCUGCUGAGCCGAAGUCAUCCUGACACCUGGGUGAAGCCAGGCAGAACCACUCUGAAAAUCACCUGGUGAAUUGAUUCUCCUUUACAAGCCUCAUCCACCCUCUGUUCCUUCCUUCAUCCCCCCCCUCGUGUCUCCUGCGCCCCGGUUUCCCACGGUUGGCUCUCCCUCUCUCUGUCUGUGGCCGAUGUGGGCACAGCCGCUUUGAAUGUAGCAGGUGGAAGUUAACAAAGAAAGUGUAAAGGGAAAGAGAUGGUCUUUUUUUAAUGCCCCUUGCUCCUUUUUGCUCUGCUCUGUUCUUCCCUCGCUGUAUUUAUCGAUGAGUUGUCUGCAGGUUUGUCACUCUGCCACGUUAUUCCUCAGAAGCGAGCGCUAUCUACCAUCAGGGUGUGUGCGGGCCAACUCUUGCUGGCUAAGGGCUUGUUUGUUGUUAUGAUGGGGCCUGGUGGGGGCUGGAGCUGCUGUCACACCUCUCAGACUCUCCCCUCGCUUUCUGUGUGCCCUUUGCUGCUCCCCACCCGACUCCACCGGAACGACCUCGUCACACACGGCCGAGCAGGGGGUCACGUCACGGCGCAAAGCAGCAGGCAGGACCGCAAACCGACUCCUGCCCGCCUGGCUGGAUGACUAGCUAUGUGACUGGCAGGCCAGCUGAUUCACAGCAGGGCCGCCUGAUUGGCCGGCUGCCGAGCUGACACAUCACUUUAGUGUACAGUGUGAGCAGGAGGGGAGACGAAUGGGGAAUCACUCUGGAUAGGCUCGCAGAGGUAGCUCUGGGAUUGAGACAAAUGUGGGGGUUUAAAAUGCAUAAAGCACUUGUGUAAUGAUAAACUUGAAUGAAAUCUUAGUGCCUUGGUGGAAGAGGACAGAAAGUGUGUGUG